AUGAUGGACAAUCAGGACCAGCUAAAUAGUGAGAAGGACACCUUGACAUUGGCACAAAUCACUUAUGCAAUAUCCUUUAUUCAAGUGGAGUCAGAUAAAGUCCAAGAUUUGGAGAAAUCAGAGUUGGACGGUCGGGCUCCCGAGGUGGUAGUUGGGGAGAAUUGGGGUUUGGUUGACAAGGGAAACCGGUCUGAGAAAGCAAGUCCUUUUGUGGCUCUUCCUACCGCUAUUCGAAACAUAACCGAUUACCCUAAUGAGCCAUCACAACUUCCGAAAACCUUCAAAGUGGUCACACGGAGUGUAGUAGAGCAUCUUGGUACUGGGAAAGAAACUAGCCUACGGUGGAGUUGGGAGAAAGUAAAAGAGAGAAAUAUUAUAGGGUCCUCUUCCACCCUCAUCAACGCUCACAUGCAGAUAAAACUAACUAAAUUUCACAUAAAAGAUAGUAGAAUGGAGCGCCAGAAGCAGAAUAUUGACGUGGAAUUGGAUACCACGUGGAAUGAAUCUGAAACCAAAGCAGGUGAAGGUGGUCGAAGUUACUGCGACAGUGCGACCGCGAAGCAUCCAAAUAAACAUUAA